AUGCCGUGCCACAACCAGCAGAUGAACAGUGUCAACAGUGGCCAGGAUCACCCAGUGAAGCAAGUGCGGUUCGCCAGCAGCAGCAGCAGUGUCCCCGCAGUGCUGACGAGCUCUGAACCCAGUGAUGCCUCCACACUGCACAUCCAGGAGAACCUGGGACCUCAGCUCAAACUGCUUCCUCUGAACGACCAGAUCCGCGAGUUACAGACUAUAAUCAGAGACAAGACAACCAGCAGAGGAGAUUUUGUCUUUUGUGCCGACCGACUGAUCAGAUUAGUAGUUGAAGAGGGCUUGAAUCAGCUCCCCUACUCAGAGUGCACUGUGACCACACCAACAGGGUACAAGUAUGAAGGUGUCAAGUUUGAAAGGGGCAACUGUGGAGUCAGCAUAAUGAGGAGUGGUGAGGCCAUGGAGCAGGGUCUUCGGGACUGCUGCCGCUCCAUCCGCAUCGGCAAGAUCCUCAUCCAGAGCGACGAAGAGACACAGAAAGCCAAGGUCUACUACGCCAAGUUCCCCCCAGAUGUGUACAGGAGAAAAGUGUUGCUCAUGUAUCCCAUCCUCAGUACAGGGAACACAGUGAUCGAGGCAGUGAAGGUGCUGAUAGAGCACGGAGUUCAGCCCAGACAUAUUAUCCUCCUCAGCCUUUUCUCCACGCCUCAUGGAGCCAAAUCUAUAAUCCAGGAGUUCCCAGAUAUCACCAUCUUGACCACAGAGGUCCAUCCCGUGGCUCCGACACAUUUUGGACAGAGGUACUUUGGCACCGACUAAGCUGAGGGCAAACUGAGGAACAUGAUCUGCUUUGAUUUUGUCAUUUAUUUAAAUGUUUCUCGUGCUCUCCUUGUUGUGCCAAAUACUGCAACCUUAUCUCCAAAGUUCCCAGAUUGAUACAAAAUUCAUUAUCUGAAUAUAUUUAUUAUGUUUGUUUUUUGUGGUGUGUACCGAUGCUAUAGAAAGUAAUGUACACAAAAGCAUAUGCAGAGUUCAACUUGGAGCAUUUAAUUUUGCAUGUAGUGGAUCAAUAAAGAAUUUAUAUUUGUUAACAGACAGAACAGAAA